UAAAUGUGUAUGCGUGUAUAUAUUAAUAUGGAUACGUGUUACAUUAAACUACUGUCAAAGGGUGCGUGUCGUAUGUGCAAUGAUGCUGUUUCGGCAUGCAUGUAUAACUAAGCUGUCGGGACAAUGCUCAACAUCAGAAUCGUAUGGCUAAACGAUGUAGGUGGUCAGUUUGAUGUUGAGAAAAACAUUGGGCAGAAACGCAUCUUAUUUAGUUGAUGCAUGCAAAAUUCAUUUAGUCGUUUUCGAUUAUUUUUUAUCAGGCGCCAGCUAAACCUGCUCCUUUAGAGCAUUCUCAAAGAGUAUUAAGUAUUUGUAAAACUGCUUUUAAUGAGGCUGAAAGGGCGUGUGUGGGGACAAAGUCUCUUUUGAGAAGGUUCAGCGUCGUAUGAUUGACUCCGAUGAACAAUGAACCAUUCGGGAAGCGGAAAACGGCAGGCGAAGGUUUUGGAAGACAAUUACUGGGACUGCAGUGUCUGCACAUAUAGAAAUACCGCAGAAGCAUUCAAGUGCCUCAUGUGUGACGUCCGUAAAGGAACUUCGACGCGGAAACCCCGCAUCAACCCGCAACUAGUGGCUCAACAGGUUGCCCAGCAACAGUAUGUGCCACUUCUAAAGCCAGGCAAAAAAGAAGGUAGCAGCGGAGGCAGUACGACCGGGACUGGCAAAGAAAAAGAACGUAAACUGGAUAAACCAAGACGCAAAAAUAGACAUCCUCCUCGUCUGAAAAAUAUCGACAGGAGUACAGCCCAGACAAAUGAAGUAACAGUUAACAAUGUUACUGUUGUUAUAACCGAGUAUAAACCUAAAGUGAAGAAGAGUUCUGAUCAGUCGGGUCUCUCUAGUAGCGCUUCCUCUGAAAAUGGAAGUCAGCACGAUUCUAAUCAAGACUCCAGGAGUCUUGAUAUAGGAACCGAUGCCUAGCUCAAUGCUACGUCAAAUAAGUAUGUGAAUUCUACUAAUUAAUAUAUUAUGUAACGUAUAUUAUCUACCAUCUUAGUAUCGCAUUGUCGACGCGAUAGGAUCUAUCGUUUUUCUAUAUGUCUCAAUUAUAAAACAGCAGGCACUUUAUACUGUCAAUGGAUGCGGCAAUCACACUCGGGAUUUCAAUGUUGGAAUUCAAAAGGCUUUACGUGUACCGCAGCAAUACGAUAAAAUCAAAUUUUUCAAGUGCCUUUGUUUAUUAUCAGUUACAAAGACCAAGAGAUAGAUCGUGCAAGACUUUAUUUUUUAUGCCACAAGAUUUUUAAUUAUUCCAUUUCAAUGUCACACAUCUGAUUCCCUACUUGUGAUAAUGAAUUUUUAUCAAUAGACAAUUUCACCGGUGAUAUCGAUGUAUUGACAAAUUUUUAAAUUACUUUAUAACUGCCAUAUCUGAUGUGGUCUAUUUAUGGAGAAACUUUCAAUGAUUGCAUGCCGUACCACCAUUCUUGGGAUAAUCUGCCUGUAAAAAAUCUUUUGUCUCUAAGUCGAGAAUGCCACUACCAGAGAGCAAGUUUUUUAGAUUGUCAUCGUCAAAUUAUUAUACUUAUUUUUUUAUUAUCUGAAUAUAUUUGACACUGAGCUAAAAUAGUAAUAACUUCUGUCAGAUCUGUAAAAAAAGUCACUGCUGUAAAAAUGCAUUAAAGCAGCGAAGUUAUAUAGAUUUAUUCAAUUUCGACAAGUUAAUGGAAGAUUUAUAGUAUCGUUUUUUAUUAUGUAUGAAUUAACAGAAAUAUCUUGUUUACAUGUUCAAGUUGCUCAUGAGCAAUAAAUUGAAAUAUAUGGAACACGCGUAAAGUACAUAUAUGAAAAAUUAAUUUUCAUAUUUCAUUAUGCAGUUCGUAGUCCUACAGUGUAGCUUUCGUAAUCUUGUCUAUAGAUCCUGAUAUUCAUCAUACUAAAGAUAUGACAAUGGAUGCAGAUUGUUUUAAUUGCUUAACAUUUUUGGGUGAUUACUGUGAUUCACUUAUCUGCAUGUUUGCUGCAAUUUUAUACGUUGUAACCACUGAGGGAAGGUAUUCAUGAUAUAAAAACAAUACAGUGAAAAAUAUUUACAUCAUUUGUCUCGAAGAAGUGCAAAAGGAUCGAUAUGCUCUCUUUAUAUUUUACAUUUAUAGUAAGAAUUGUGUCAAAAACAGAAAUAGCACUUUAAAAAAAAAUUAGACUCCAAUGGUGGAUGGAUGAGAUAAAAUGUCAGUGCGUAGCAUCUUUCUUUUUGUCUUUACAAAUGCUAUCGCGCUUUUAUUAAGUAUUUAAUAAUUAUAUAGGUGGCAGAAUUAUUGAAGAUCUAUUGACAAGAUUUGAAUCUUAGUUAAGGGACACGAAUAUGUUAAUACGCGAAAAUAUUGUAACGAUAAUCUAAUACAUAUUUAUUGAGAAUCGUGAUAAAUCUUAAAGGAACAAUUGAGAUUAUCGACAGUUCAAUCACUCACUGAAAAUAUUGAUUUAUGUGCGCUUUCAUUUUAUACAUAUAUCAAAUCGCUGUUGUAUUUACCAGCUUGAUGGGAUAAUGGUAGUCGGGUCUGAAUAUGUUAGAAGAAAAAAUUGUAUAGACCAUAAAAUAAAUGGCAUAAUAAUUUCAUGAUCAAGUUGGAAAAGGUUUAAUUGUAAAUUGUUGCGAAUAAAAUCGUUUGUAAAUAUUACAUCUAUAAGGGGCAUUUAAUUAACUAAACUUGAUCGUUGCAUAAUAAGAUACAAUAAAAUUGUCCACUGUAUAUAAAAUGAAGCAAUGAAAGUGUAUGCAUAUCUUACAUGCAGAACAUAAGACAUAGGAAAUUUUUCUCGUAUUAAAAAUCUUAAUGUAGUUAUAGUUUAGUUCGGUUUAAUUUUCAAGUAAAGAUAAAUACUGUAUCUUAUUAGAAAUAUAAUAGACAUACUUUCUACUACUGUCUAGUUACAGAAAUAGAAAUUGGACUCGUUUAUCUCUAGUUUACCGUCGUUGACUUCAUUUAAACGUUCAGUAGGUGUCUGCAGUGAGAAAUUAUAAUUAUCGUGAAAUACGAGUGUUUAUAUCGAAAUAAUUGUUUCAUAUUUUAUGGGCUUUAGGAUUAUGAUUUUGCAAAAUACAAAUUCGUACUGAUGAACCACAAUAUUGAAAAACAAAGUUUUAUAUUAAUUUUCACGUCCAUUUUAUUCCUGUUGUAAUUAUGUACAAACAGGGUCCUCUGGGCGAAAAAUUAAAUGUUUAUUAAAUAGAUGAAACUCGAAGGGUUAUACGAAGUAUAAGAAAAAUGUAAAUCAAUGCGCACGUCUCCGAUUCUGCUAGAAAUCGCUGAAUAAACAGCAAAUAUUAAGUGGAA